GAGGUCGGUUAUUCCGCACGGACCUGUUACAGUGAGGGACCGACGCUUGUUCGCUUGUAAACAGUAGUUAGCUGUUAGCUCUCUCUCUGCUAACAGGAGUUAAUGUAGAGUUCAGAGGUGAAGAAGAGGAGUCAGACUGACAGAGGAUCAUGGCCUCCUCCCUCCCCCUCUCCUCCCUGCGCCUCUUCGUCCCCCCUCUCCGCCUCCUGACGGCGGCCAUGUGGCAGGUCGCUCGGCAGCAAAGCGUGCAACAUUAUGGGAUGCUGGAGGACUUUGUUUCUGUGGUAACCGAGGCCGUCCCUCAGCUGCUGACGGACAGACAGAGGAGUCUGCUGCUGCUGGCGCUGAGAGCGAAGGUGACUCUCUGUGACCCCGACCCUCAGACCGUCCACGCCCGCCUGGACAGAGUCCUCUCAGAGAGCGAUGAAGAGGUGGACGGUUGGUGUUCGUCUCUCUCCGCCCUCACAGACAGACUGACUCAGAGUCCAGCAGACCGGCAGCGCCUCCUUCAGGAGGUUUUCAGCCACAGCUUUGACUCCGCCCUCCAGACCGUCAUCUCUGACUUCUUGUCCAGCAUCGAGCAGCUGAUCCCGGUGCCUGAUUUCAAACAGGCUGCUUCCUGGCUGGAUGCUGCCCCUGGUGGUAUGGAGGACUGUCUGCAGGAGGCGGACCAGGAGGAGCUGAGGGAGCUACUGACCAAUCAGAGCUGUCGAACGGGACAAGAAUCGACUGCAGUGAGUCCGGACUCUGAGAACAUCCUCCUCUCAGCGUGGUCCCACCCCCUCCUCACCAAACUGACCAAUCCUGACCCUCCACUCCACUCAGAGGUCCAAUCAGAGGCCCUCCCCUCUGACCAGGUGAGUCCCUUCCAGCUGGACGUGGAGCUGGUGAAGGUGGAGGUGGUGGUGAUGACGGAGGAUGAGCAGGAGGAGGUGGAGCAGCUGGAGGAGACGGUGAUCAGUGACACCGUGUCGCUGGUGGAGGAGCAGGAGGCCAAUGAGAGCGCAGCAGACGGCGCUGACGAGGGCGUCGUCUCACCUGGGACUGGAGACGACGAGAGGCUGAAGGACUCACCUGAGGAUGGACCUGACCCGGCAGAGGACACAGAUCGAUCCGGCUCUGAUGUCACAGCUCAUGCUCUGCACAGCAUUUCCCAUAAUUCCCGGCGUGUGGCUCACAGGUGUCCUCAGUGUGCGAAGUGUUUCAUCUACCGCUCUCAGGUAAGUCGUC